AUGGAACAGGCUAAGACUGAAAUGACCAAGUGUGACAGGACAGAGAUGACGCACGACACGAUGAGUGAGUCGAGGAAACCGGUGUAUGUGACAGUUCUCAGUGACCAGUAUAGUGACAUUUUUCCUGAGGAAGCGUGUGAACUGGAGUACGAGAACGUAUCAGACGAAGAAGAGUUGGAAAAGAUGGUGACCGACCCUAACCCGGAAGAUCGCGACAUCCUGUCUGUGAGUUCGUCAUUACUGGAGGACAUUAUGCGCGAGGAUCCUGCAGUAAAUGUUGAUGACUUUCUGUGCGGGGAUAGCGACUUCGAAUUUCGGGGAGAGGACCGCGAACAAUACAUGGAGGAUGAAGAAUAUGAGACACCGGUGCCGACAGAGGAUAGUGACAUGGACACUACAAAUGAAACCGGAAGUGCCUCAGAGACGACCGUGAUUUCGUUAACCCUAAUAAAGAUUGAGACUGUGUAUCCGGAUGGUACAUCAGAAGUUGUGCGAAACACCUCCAUCGCGCAUUCGAGAAAUGUGGACCCAGUGAAUGUGGACUUUGCCAACAUUGCGAUGGAAAUAAUCACCGAAGUGCCACAUCACUUUAAUAAUCGCCAUGUGCGAGUAGUGAACUCAGUGAACUCCACUUUGUGA